CUAUAACACCUACUAUUACUCCAUGGAGAUAUUCCAGCCCUUCUUUGGAUACUACUUUGUGAAUGUUCUCCUGAUACCUCUGCAGCUGCUCCACGUCUUCUGGUCCUGCCUAAUUAUUCGCAUGCUCUACAAGUUUGUCCUCCAGGGCACGAUGGACAAGGACAUGAGAAGUGGCAUAGAAGAAAGUGAUAAGGAUGAAGAAAGAGAAAAGAUAAGGGAAAAGGAGAAAAACGGGGUCACAUAUUUCAGCAACGUCACAAGCAACGAUUGUAUCCAGAGGAACGGGUCUGAGCCCCUGAAGAACAGAACUCCUCUCACUAAUUGCCACGUCAAGGAAAGAUAGCUGCUGACGUGCGUCUGAUCUGGUCUGGAACGAGUCCAGGGCACCGUCUUUAGAAACAGUUUUGUUUGUUGUGUAGGUAAAACGGAGUGCAAUUACAGUAUCUUAGCAGAAUUCCUGCUUCCUCUAAACCAAAUUGUUUAUGGUCAGUGAUGCUUGAAGGGAGAUUUUGGUCUUUCUUCAAUAAAAGCUUACUGUAGGUUGUAGCCUUGAAGCAGAUAGAAAGGGAUCAAAGUUGUUUCACUUGUAUUAGGUUGUGCCAUAGUCGAUAAAUGUGUUAAUCUUGAAAAAUACUUUUUUUUUUUUAAAGGAAAAAAGGUGGAUAAACCCUAGCAAUGUCAAAUCUCACCCACCUGAUGUUGUUUGUAGGAAUCUGGUCAGUCUCGGUCAGCCUCUGGGGGCCCUGGCCUGUUGUCAGUAACAAUGCCACUAAGGAGGAGGUGUGAAACUCAAUACGGGGACAGGUCUUUUGAGAAGACAGGUGCCCUUGGGCCACUCAGGAAAUCAAAACUGAGCGUAGCGGAAUGAAAGCUUUGAAAAGACAUAGGAAACACUUUCUUCUCAAAGGAGAUGCUGCUGUGUGCCAUGUAAGCGGUUCUGUAAGGGAAUGGAUCUCAGGCCCUUCUCUUGUCAGUGUUAUUGCCACAGAGGUGGGAGCUCCAAAGCCCAAACUGCAGAACACCCACCCAAAUUGUAGAUGGAAGACCUGGAAAAUCCAAGCAGUUGUGUCUCAGCUGUCAGGUCAUCCUUUAAACCUGACUUGGAAGGAAACGCAGUUGGAAGAAGAGAGGUGACAAAACACUACAUAAUCUAGAAGCCAACACUGAGUGAGUGCUCAUGUUUCCACCCAAUGUGAUUGGCACAAUGUGAAAUGUUUAUAGGGUCAGCUUGUGGCAAGAAGCAACACAUAUCCCCUGUUCUCAGAGGAGAAGGGAUCCAGAGAAGAUCUGCUGAACCUUAUGGAAUAAUGCUUUAACGUGGCCUUUAACUCCAGGGCCGUUGCCCAGGUGUGUCAAGGAGAGCAAGUUUAAACCAGUAGUCCAUGAGGUGAUGACGCAGUUGGGAUUCAAUUGGUUUGGUGUCCUGUCUCUUAUAUCCGGUGUAGUCUUAGACUUUGGAUUCUACAAUCCCUUGAAAGAGUUAAAUGAAUAUGAUGUGAAUUUCUCUUUUAAAAAUCAAUUAAUCCAUGAAACCAAAGGUUUAGCAGAUUCACUGUAGUGAGCACAGAGACUCAGGCUGUUGAGGCCAUGCAGGCACUUCCCAGUAUGUGCCCAGUAAGGGCCGGUGCUAACUGGGGGACAUGGACCAAGGAAGUGCCUGAUUUGAGGACGUGGUACACAUGUUUAAAAUUAAAAGGCAAGUGACAGCAUAGAAGGACA